AUGAGGGUAGUCAACAGAGCCGCCUCUCAACGUUCCAAAGCUUCCGUCACCAGUUUACACGUUUUCCCGCUUCGAACUGUAACUCGGGAGAAUCUCAAGGGGUUAUGUGCUGCGCUCUGGGACUGGGAUAUGUGCCCUGGCUGUUUUGAGGACACAACCUGCCAAAACCCGACAUCAUGCCCCUGGUCUCAGCGAAGUGAUAGGUUAAUGCCAUUUUUCGACAUCUACCGACGGCUUACACGGGGUUACGUACCUGAGGAUUUUGAACAGGACAGCCAAGCGGCGGCGUUGUCUUGUCAUGAGGAUCUGUUCGAGCUGAUCACGAAACUGCGAGUCUACGGGCGGGAUACCAGCAGGGAGACCUUUCGAAAGUUUGUUUUCGAGGAGAGGGGUGUGCCGAGGGGAGAUCAGGAUAGGGCUAUUGAUCUCGCGUUGCGCAUCAUGACGAUGACCAGUCCGCAACCCUCGGUGGAGGACGAGCUUCACAGCAGGGUUCAUAAUCAUACCGACUUAGGAUCCGACCCGUUUAAGAUUGAGGAGACUUUUCCGGUUCGGGUCCACCCCUCCCUUCAGGAAACCGACCGGCACGCGCAUGCUGUCAAAAAGGGGCUGCAGGCUCACAAUUUGGUCCAGAAAGCGGGUUUGAAGUUGGAAAAGACUGAUGACCUGCGCGAGCACCUCAAACUGGAUGAAUCACAAGGCGUGGUGAAGAUCUUUUCCUGGAGCUCACUCCUCAAAGAAAACCUUCUCCUCCCGUUCACCGCCCACGACAGACAAGAUAACACCUGCGCCCCCCCUCCUCUUCCCCGCCCCCUAGCCCUCGAAACCCUCCACACGCUCCACCUCCUCUUCCCCCCCUCCUCCCCCAAAUCCCAAUCCCUUCUCCGAUCCCUAGUCUCCAAAUCGGGCUUCGACCCGGAUAUCCUCCGGUUCAAAACAUCCGGCCUCUCAGCAUUUGAACUCGGGCCGGAAGAGAGGGAAAAAGUGAUAAAAUUUGGUGUCUGGGGGUCGAGGUUGAUGGAUCUGUACGACGAGAUUGAGAACCCGAAGCCGAGGUCGGGGCUGGAUGUUUGGCUUGAGAGGAGGAGCAAGAGCAGGCAUGUGAUGAUGGCUACUAUUGCGGGGGUUAUGGCGGCGGUGGUGUUGGGGGUUUUGGGGUUGGGGGUGGGGGUUUUUCAGGCUUGGAUUUCGUGGCAGACGUGGGGGUUGGAGAGGGAACAGUUGGAGAGGGAACAGUUGGAGAGGGGGGGUUAG